AUGGGGAUAAGAAGGUGGCUCGAGGUCAUCCCCAAGGCUGUAAGGCCUAGGCCAAUGAAUAGACGCCAGUACCGCAUCAACAUUUGCUUCGAGGUGGAUAUGUCCAUGUACGAAAAGAGUACAACCUUGAUGUGUGUUAGUGGUUUGCGUGCAACGGUGACGUCUUCGUCCUCCUCCUCUUCCUCCAAAUCGACAAAUCGGAUAGGAAACGAGUGCAGCAUGGAUGACAUCGUGUUGCACCAAGACGCGACGCCGCCGCUGCCCAGUGGGAUCCCAACGUACACGGUGAAUGUGCAGAAUCUUUGCCCGUUGAAAGACGGGUGUGCCAUGGGCCAAAUCCACCUAAGCUGCGGCAAGUUUAGCAGCGCUCGCCAAAUCAACCCCCGCAUCUUCCGCCGCCUCAGCAUCAACGACUGCCUCCUCAACGACGGCCGCCCCCUCCGCCCGGGCGAAACCAUCUCUUUCCAGUACGCCAACUCCUUCUCUUACCCCAUGGCUGUUUCCAGCGCCACCUGCGUCCCCUCAGCCUAA